AAGGCGGGCAACGGGACUUUCCUGCGGUGAGUGCUGGCAAUGUAGAAAUUCUAGAUUUUUUUUUUCGCUUUAUAACGUACAUUUAUUAAGUUUAUAUUGUCCAACAGAAGUACAGCAUGAUACUAGUUUUCCUAAGAAAACUUUACUUUUUCGGAAUCUUUUCACAGCCACAAAGUGCGUCUGAUAAGAUGUUUCUCAGUUCAAAGAUCAUAUAAUUUGCAUUUCUGGUCUUUCACGUGAAUUACAGUUUUACAAAAUUUUGCGAUACUGCAUUUUGAAUUUUCAUACAUUUUCAGUAUAUCGUUAGGCAACUAGGCACUUUAUGUUUAAAUGGAGACGCACGAUAAACAAUACCAUUCUUUUUGUGUGACUGCAAAGGGCAUCUUUUAUCAUAUUAAGCGUUUAUUUAAAAAUAGCGCGUUGUACAUGUUGGUUUCCCUUCUUAAUUAACACGCGAAACGGAAAAAAAAUCUGCCCCCCUUUUCCUGUCUAACCAAGAGGAAAUUGCAUGGCAGCAUAAAGAAAACCACAGGUCGGUGGCGCUUAAUAGAAUAGUCGUCGAGACAGACUAAUGCUUAAAUGAGGUGUAAACUUAUAACUUUAUUUUUAAAUAUACAUUUUUUAUGUACAGUUGAUUUUGAUCAAGACGCCAUAGCAAGGCACAGAUAGGAUUAGGAAGUCUUAAGCAGGUGGCACCGCGCAGCCUCCUUCAGUCAAGCAGAUGCUAUCGCUCUUCAUAAAGUUAUCUUUUUGUUCCCGUUUUCUUUUUAUAUUGCGUACGUAAUACGCAUGUACAUUGCUCAUAGAAAAGAGCACGAAAACGAAAUCGUCAUUAUUUUUUGUUAUGUAUACGCUACUGUCUAACGCGGUGUACACUUCGAUUUUAUAUCGCAUCUGCUCCUCCAAAAGCGCGAAUUAAAAAAAGACGAGUUUUAAACUCCGUGAUGUUCCCCAGGAAAGUUUUCAUCGCUCUGUCCGGUGCCACUUUGGCUUGCUUCUUAAUUGUGAUGCAGAUUAAAACCCGCAUAGAGAUGCGAGGCGAUACAUCCGCUGCUUGGGUAGCUGCCCAGCCUGCUGGCACAGGGGAAGAGGCGAAACAAAGCAGCGCAGAGUCCCGGAACCCUGGCGCGGCGACUACAAGAGCCGAGAUCGCUCGUGGGGAGCCACUUCCGACCCUCAAGGCUGCAGACAUCUUCAUCGCUGUGAAAACCACCGGCAGGUUCCACUCAUCUCGCCUUGCGCUACUGCUGGACACUUGGAUUUCCAAGACUCGCGAUCACACUUACAUCUUCACUGACACAAAUGAUGAAGAGUUAUCAAAAGGAUACCAUCUAGUGGUGACAAAUUGUUCCUCUGAGCACAGCCGAGAAGCUCUCUCUUGUAAGAUGGCAGCCGAGUACGAUGCCUUUAUUGCUUCUCAAAAACUGUGGUUCUGCCAUGUAGAUGACGACAACUACAUGAACCCGCACACUCUUGUCACACUUCUGUCGACGUUUUCGCCUAGCAGUGAUGUGUAUAUCGGCAAACCCAGUUUGAACAAGCCAAUUGACGCAGUAGAGUCGCUGCCAAACAAUCGCUCUAGAUCAGUAUUCUUCUGGUUUGCAACAGGAGGUGCAGGUUUCUGUCUCAGUAGGAAGCUGGCAGAGAAGAUGGCACCCUGGGCCAGUGGUCCACGGUUUGGCCUCACGUCUGAGAUGAUCCGCUUGCCUGAUGACUGCACAGUGGGCUACAUUGUGGAGUGCCAGCUGCAGGUGCCUCUAGUCCACAGUGAGCUGUUUCACUCCCACCUGGAAAGUCUGCAGAUCCUUAAACCUGAAGAUUUCCACAAACAGGUCACGUUGAGCUAUGGGAUGUUUGAAAAUAAACUAAACAGCGUGGAACUGAAAGGCUACUUUUCCAAGGAGCAGGACCCCUCUAGGUUUAAAAGCAUCCACUGCCUGCUGUAUCCCGAUACCCAGUGGUGCCCUGAACGGUUUCCUGUAUGAUUUGCCAAAGGACUUACAUAAAUGCACUCCAAAAGAAGCACUUUAUCUCAUAAACUAUGCAAGAAGUUUCCCAGUCAAAAUGGAUCAUGGACGGUUUCUUGGACUUGAAGAAAUGUCAGUGUUAAAUGGAUCUUCCAGAAUCCGCUUUUUAUUUGAUUGAAGCUCCCCAGAACUUCUUGGCUAUGCUUCCUAUGCUGCUAAGUUUAUUUUGCAGGAAGCUACAUUGAUCACUGUAUUUCAAUCUCAAUUACCUGAACCCAUUUCCACAAGAUUUUACUUUGCACUAGGUGAAAGAUGUCUAGGUGGUCACCCUUUCAAUGUAUGAAUGCUUUUCAAGAGCCCUGUACUGUAAAGAUGGUGAAGGCAAUUUGCUUCCCGUAUCGUUAUGCUUCCCAUAUCGUUAUGCCGACUGAAAUUUAAUUUUGUUGGACUGUUAUAAAGUAAAGAAAAAAUAAAUAAUGCACGGGUGUAAAUAUGAAUUCAGUUUGGUUACAUGGUUUCUAGAUAAUUGAAUAAAAUUCAUAAUUUUUUGAAGCCCUUUUCUGCGUUCACUUCAAAACACUUCCACAUGAAUUACUUUAGAGCAACUGUGAUCCUUGUAAUUACUGUAGAUUAGAUUUAAUUAGAUUAGAUUAGAUAAAAUGUAUUAAUCUUGUGAGGAAAUUCAGAUGCAUACAGGAAGCAAAACAUAAAAAACAAGGACACAGAUUCACAGGACAAAUAAUACAGCCAAUCAAUCAAUCGAUCAGUAAGUUAAUGAAUCAGUCGAUAAGUAAAUAAGUAAAAACGAGUACAUCGGGUGGAAGCACUAAAUUUCACGAUAACAGUGGGAAGAAAAGACCCCCAGAGGUUCUUAACACAUCAUGGUAGAAUGAGCCAGUGGCUAAAAGUGCUCCAAGAUAGCAUCCAAUUUUGCCCACCAUCCUCUUUUCCACUACAUCUUCCAGCAUGUCCAGGGUUAACCCGGUGAUGGAGCAUGGGUUUCCUGAAAAUUGUGCUUUUGAGCUCAGGUUACUUCCCCUGCAAAAUGGAGUGUAGAGCACCACACUGGCUACUAUGGACUGGUAGAACAUAUCCAGCAGUUUGGCGCACACAUCAAAAGACCGGAGUCUCCUU